CUUACACCAGAAGAGCUGGCUUUCAACAAUGCGCCCCAGAUUCUUUCUAUCACGGGUUCAUUCUUCGCUUUGGCGGCCUUUGUCGUCAUUCUACGAUGCUACGUCCGCAUCUCUAUGCUUAGGGUGUUCGGGACUGACGAUUAUGUGAUGCUUUUUGCGAUGGUAUUGUGCACAGCGACGUUCGUUUGCUUCAAGCUCCGAACAGACUACGGAAUUGGGAAGCAUACGACGGUACUUGUACUAGACCCACCCAAAUUGAUGGCACUCACAAAAGUCCAAUAUGCUGAGGCCAUUAUUAUCAUGGUUGGCAUAUCGGCAGUCAAGAUAUCGAUUGCAUUCUGCCUUUCGCGCCUUUCAACCCAGCGGACGUAUAAACGGAUACUCUACGGAUCGGUCAUCUUCAUUGUCUUGAUGACCACGGCCUGCGCCGGCACACUGAUUUUUCAAUGUUUGCCGGUUCAAGCUGCCUGGGACACGAGGCUCCGUCCUCCACCAGUCGGGACAGGAGACGCCAAAUGCUACAAUCUCACCAUAUUUCGUAACCUAGGUCUCAUGAAUAGCUCAUUCAACAUUAUCACCGACGUCCUUUUCGCAUGCCUUCCAGUACCUCUAAUCUGGCAACUUCAGCUCAACUUUCGAACUAAAGUUUCUCUCAUAGUCAUUCUUUCUCUCGGUUGGUUCGCGUGUGUCGCUGCGAUAAUCAAAGCGGUCAAGCAGUGGACCGUUCUGACAGAGCCGGACUGGACCGUAAAAGAUUCCUUCAACGUUUGGAACUACAUCGAGUUCACCGUCGGCAUAAUUGCCGCCUCCUUACCGACUAUCAAACCCCUUUUCAACUGGUUCUUG